AUGGACGAAAUUCUCAACAUUCCAGCAGCAGUGAAUUUUGAUGAGUCCAUAGCUCAUUAUGAAAUUCAUGCUCAUCAACCGUAUGCUUCAUCCUCUUUUAACAAUAGUGAUGAAAUUCGAAUUGCAGUUCAACAUCAAGAUUUAUGUAUUCUACCGAGUAAAAGUUCAUUGCACAUAUUUGGGAAAUUGACUAAAAAUGAUGGUAUUGCUGUUACAGAAAACGUGCACUUAAGUAGCAAUGCAAUAUGUUUUUUAUUUGAUGAAAUUCGCUAUGAAUUAAAUGGUAUCGAGAUUGAUCGAUGCAAAUACGUUGGACAUACAACUAUUAUGAAAAAUUUAGUAUCUCUGACUCCACCUCAAUUAAAUCUAAUUGAAAAUGCAGGGUUUUCAAAAAUUACAGCUGAUGCAAGAAUUUCUUUAGAAAAUGGAUACUUUGAUAUUACAAUACCACUUGGCAUGAUUUUUGGUUUUGCUGAGGAUUAUAAGAAAAUUGUUAUGAACGCUAAACAUGAACUUAUUUUAACAAGAGCACGUAAUGACACUAAUGCUAUAAUUCAAACAGAUCCUUUAAUUUCAAUAAGUUUUCGAUCAUGGGAAAUGUACGAGUAUCCGUUACUUCCAACAAGUUCAAAAGUCCUAUGGCAAAUAAAAACAUCAACACAAUUGGAGAAACCACGAUAUGUAAUUGUAGGAUUUCAAACAGCAAGAAAAGAUAAACGAAAAAAAUAUGCCUCAUCAGUAGAUGUACGUUUAGAAUUUGAAUCAGGAAAUAAUAUGCCGGCUGAGACCACUGCAUAUUGCCUCAUUAUUCAUGACCGCGUUGUACAAUAUAAACCAAUCAGCGGCGUCGUCAAGAAGCUGCUGUAG